AUGAAGUGCUUAAUUAUUUUCGCACUUACCAUAAUUGCAUCUGCAGCGACAGAUAUCUCAAAAAUUAUCCCAGCUACAAUUUUUGGUGAUGAUCAAUAUGCUUUUAAAGAAUUCCUAAAUGGUGCUUUCAUGAAGAUGCUAGACAAAGAAGAAAUCAAGCUACCAAGAAAUGUGAGUCUAGAACUGCAGUCCUCUAUAGAUAAGGCCUUAGUAUCAGCUUAUAACUACUAUUUCGAAUAUUUGCAUGAAGAAGCGUACCAGCAGAUAGAUUAUAUCUUCUGAAAUUUUACAGACUUCUUGAAAUCUUGUGAAUCAUGUGAAGCUAAAAGUAUACCAGAAAUAGACAAAUUGAACCGGCUUGCAGACCCCUAUAUUAGCCUAAUCAAUCAUCUUGAGAUAGAAGAUGCUAUAGUUGAUUCUUUGAGUUUUGUGCCAUUCAAAAAAUUUAAUAAGUCAGGCUCGAAGUUUGGGCAAAUUUUUAGUAUUUUGAAGCCGACGAAUAGAGAUAAAACUUAUGAUUUUGAUUCAAUGCAAUUUCUCAAAGAAAUUCUAGGCGAAGUCAGCCAAACUUCGGUAGGCUCUUGCAUUAAUGCAGUUAGCGAAAUUACUACAUCUGCUACUCAGCUGCUUUCUGAUGGCUUAGAUGUAAUAAAUGGGAAUAUUUUUGCUCUUGCAAAACUUUAUGUUAGCUAUGACCAAAUUCAAAAAAGCAUUAUUGAAAUUCAAGCCAAUUGCAAUCUAGAGUCACUAUCUGAUAUAGAAGUUCUAUUUUCAAACAUAAAUACUCACUCCCCCCAUCCUUGAUCGAACGAUUGACUGUAAAAAUUCCUAAAAAUUGGGGAAAUUAACCCCCAUCCUUGAUCGAACGAUUUUCAUAUCAUGCAAAUUUUUAUAUAUAAAAAAAUAUAUUAUUUAUCAAAAGCUUGGGAAAUGUGCCUAAUGAAGUUGUUUUCAAAAACUUUGAGACGACAGAAAGCUUCGGAGUCAACCAUUCGAAGUGAUUUAGUUAUCAGCCUAGGCUUAAAAACCCAAUAAUCUAAUAAAUUAGAGAUUCUUUAAAAUUUUUAAAAAAAAAUUAAUUUAAUAAGGAGCAAAUUAAAAUUUAUACAGUUUAAAGGGGUAACUAAUAAAUCAAAAUAUUUAAAAUUGGUAUUUUAUGAAAUAAAUUAAAUUUUUGCUGUAAAAAUAAUUAUUAAAUAUUCUUAACCCUCUUAUUUAAAAGUAAAAAAAAAACAUAUCUAUAUAUUUUAUUUUAUAUAUAAAAUUGUUUUCCCAAAAAAAUUAACCCCAUCCUUGAUCGAACGAUGGCGAGUCGUUCGAUCAAGGAUGGGGGGGAGUCAGAGCAUUUUCAAUAACCUUUAUUUAAAUAAGGAUAUAAUAGAAGCUGACUUGAAAGGACUUUUGGAAUCUGAAGCUAAAAAUUUGAACUAUGGCAAAGCUUUUGUGAAAAUAAUAAAGAUCUUAUUGAAUUCUAAUACAAAUCAAGAUAAGGAUGCAAAAAAUCUCGCAGCAGAAGAAUUAAAAAAACCAGAAAAUUUGGCUUGCUUACUCACCCCUCUGUUAACAAACAAAUAAAUUUGUUCGCUCAUGGAGAGGGCUAAUUUUUUUUUAAAAAACUGAAAAAAAUUAUAAUACUUUUUAUAAAUAUUGAGAAGUAAAAAUGAGUUUAAUUUGCAAAAUUCAUGUUUUAAAAUGCAAGCUGGAGAUUUCAUUAUAAUAAUUAUCACUUAUAUAUCAAAAUUUUUUAUAUUAAAAAAUGUUUGUUCACUCACGUAGGGUGGGUUUUUAGGCAAAAAAUAGGGAUUUUUCUAAUCGUUUUUUCGCUCAUGGAGGGAGGGAGUUAAGUGAUGUAUUGAAGCAUCUUGGAGGAGAUUGAAAACCUUAUAUAGAGACUGCCUAUAAAUUUAGAUCGGAAGCGGCAGAAGAAUUUAUUAACUAUAGCGAUGAAAUUUAUGAGAUUUCCAGAGAUUGCGGAGUUCCUGGCUUUGCGCUUUCUUUUUUUUCACUGAUGGACUAA